AGUUAAGACAUAAAGUUAGAAUUGAGAUAGUAUGCCGGUAUUAACUUUGUCGAACGCCUUCCCAGGAAAAAAACUUUGUCGAACGAAUGAUGUACUGUUUCUGAACAUAAAUGUGUGAAGCUGCUAAAUCCGGAAAUCGAUUCAUAAUGACGCGAGUUUAACCGCAACUCGAGUUCUCAUCUUAGUUGUUCGAUUUUGUAACUCUGCAUGCUUGCAAGCGGAUUUAGAUCUAAUGGCUAGGCAUCCUCCUACUCGACGCAGAACGGCGCCGGAUCUAAUAAGUCAACUGCCUGAAGAUGUAAAACACAGAAUAUUAGAGUGUCUAGAUGCCCGAGAAGCGGCCAAAACUGCUCUUCUCUCGACUCUAUGGAAUGAGGUUUGGUUGCGACAUGGCCGGCUUGUCUUUGAUUGGGACUCAUUAGCUGAAGGUAGAGGCCUUAAACGCUCGAAAAUGAUUUAUAGUGCUCUGUUACUCCGUUCUGCACCCGUUAAGAUAUUUACUUUGUACAUUGUACACUGGGAACCUUCUCUGCAGCAGUCUGAUUUAGAUCUGUGGUGUGGUUUUCUAUCAAGAAAUGGUAUUGAGCAACUUAGCCUUGAUGUUCAUAUCACCCAAGGAGAUAAUCGCACACUACCUGUUUGUAUAAUUUACUGCCCGACAAUCAAACAACUGGUACUUAAUGGUGUUGAUUUUUGUUUACCGGUCAAUCAUCGACCAGGUAGCAUCUUUUCUGGUGUUACCUCUUUGAUGUUCUAUCACCUUAAUUUUGAUCGUGGUGAUGAUAGCCCUACAGUUAUCCAUCUUAUUCCUUAUCUUGAGGUGCUAGUGUUCCUGGAUUGUCAUUGCAUAGAUAGUUUCGUGAUCAAUGCUCCAAGACUUAAAAACCUCACCUUCAUCGAUUAUAAGAACGUCUCUGAAUGGAAAUGGUUCGAGCUACACUUUUUUGUGAUUAAGACUCUUUGCUUUUCUGCCCGGACAGGGAUGGAGGUAUGUAUAAGUCUAGGCCCUUCAAUUGUUAUUUGGUAGUGUAACUCUAACUUGUACACGCUUAAAGUGUGCAUGGUCAUGUACAUUUUUUUCUGUGUCAUAGGAAAAUUCUUUUUUCAACUUAAAAAACGAAAAAACUAUAUAUGCACAGGCAUAACGGGGCAUGUACACAGAGCCACUUUUCCUCUGAUUACCUCCCUGUCUCUCAAUGGUUAAUAAAAAAAAUUAUCACGGUGACAAAUUUUAAUUAUUUUUUUCACAACUAUAUACUCCCUCUGUCUACAAAAGAACUUCACACUUUGACUAGCACACACUUUUAGGUAGAUUAAGAUUAGCAUUUGAGUUUCCUUAAAUGCCCCUAAAUCCACGGCUGAGACAAAAAAUUAGGAAAUGUGGUAAUGAACCGUGUAAGGGGGUAAAGAAUUGAAAUACAUUUGAUUUAAUAAUUAAAUCUUUAUUCAUCACCAAUGACAUCCAAUACUAUUACAAAAUAUGCAUUGAUUUAAUCCCUCCUAAAACACAAUGAAUACAAAUAAAAAUUCCCUACAAAUUUUUGCCAACAUAAUUGAACUUCCCUCCCAUUCCACUCUAUCUAUAUCUACCUUAUUACAAAGCCAUUUACCCUCACAACUAUCCAGUGGAGUAUAACACACUGCCUUUAUGUCAUGAAACUACAACUCUUCAUGGCAGCAACCCCAACAAUAAAACUCCAAUAUCCAUGCAUUCCCUGACCACAUAUUUUCUUGUACAACAAUUCAAAUCUUACUAUAUGAGGCUGGGUUGCUAUUCUGUGUUGCAAUGGGCUUGCCGAACACCUGCAGACUGGGGCUGCUCAUGGCCAAACACUUGGGCCUUCACUGGUCUGGAGGUUGGGCUGCACAACUAGGAUUGGGCUGCAUAACUAGGAUGUAGGUUUAUUUAUCUCUUGAUGUAUGUUGGAUGUAUUUGAACUUUUGCUGGACUUAUUUGGACUGUUUUACACACUAAGCCAGGGGUAGUUUUUGUUGUUUUUGUUUUAAUCUCUCUCCUUGCCCCCUUGCCCCCUUUUUGUGAGGUGGGGGUGGAAUCGUCGGAUACUAUUUUAGGUUAGACUAGCUAGCUUAGAUAGUUUUCUUUGAUUAGUUUUUGACACAUUGUAUGAUGUUAUUUUUGGGUGAGUUUUAAUAUGCUUACAUUUCAUCCAAAACAAACUGAAUAAAUAAAUAGUAUAACUUUUUCGUUUGAAAAAAAAAAACUCAUUUUUAACAUUAGUUCUAUUAUCUUUUGUUAGUAGUUAUCUAUUGUUUCUAAUAUACUUGUGAUAUAUGAGGAUCUUUUUAUUUUAGUCUAAAUUGUUUUUAGUGAGUGUUUUUUAUACUUGGCUUGGAUAUACUCUUAUAUGUUAUUGUAAAUACUUGUAACAUUUAUUUUUGCAUUUUACUUUUUUAUGCAACUAUAGUUCUAUUAUAGUUCUAUUAUAGUUGAAAUCCUGGACCCACCCCAGGUAUUUAUGACAUUUAAGUUGAUUAAACUUUCCUUUUAAGGAAAUGAACAGUUAUUAUUGGGACAUCCAUCAACUGAAAGUGGGAAGUGCUUUUUGGGACAUGGAGUAUUACAUAGUAUUAUUAGAUAUCUAUGGAUCAACUUUCCGGAAAAAAAAACUUAAUAAAGUAUAUACCUAAUACCGGAGUAUAACACAAAUACAAGGGGAGGCUUUAUCAAAACUUAAAGGUAAGCAAUAUCUCAACACUUCCGGGGCCCUUCCAUUUUAUUCUGGCUCUGCCCCUGUGCACAGAAGUUUUGGGUGAGAAUAACAACACCUUUUUGUAUAGUGUUUUACAGUUUUUGUAUCAUUCAAGGUUAACCGCUUGUGUCUUUGACUUUAUAAAGUAUGAUAACACUGCUGCUACAAAUCCUACAAUCGAAGUGCAAGAGAGGCUUCCAAUUGCUAAAAAUAUUGAAGUGAUUGAGCUGCAAGAUUUUAGUUUUAAUGACGUGUAUUGCUUCACUCUUGUUAUUCAUUUGCUUCGGAAAUGCCAAAACCUACGCAAACUGGAGAUAGAUAUGAUAAUGCUUCAGUUGAGUUUGAAUGGUGGAGCUGAUCCAAGUAUUUUGAGAGAUCCAGACGGUUGGUUUAGUGAUCAGGAUCUGAGAGAGCUUAGAACAGUUAAGAUGAAAGCAUUUAGAGGAUCAACACAGGAAAUGCUCUUUAUCAGAUUAAUCCUAUCAAAGUCACCCUCCCUUGAGGAAGUUUUAAUUUCGGAAUCAUGUAGCAUUGAUACCUCUGUGCCUUUAAAAGUACCAAGGGAGAUGAUCUCAUACCCUCGUGCGUCUCCAAAAGCAAAAGUUGUUUUCUUGGACCCUUGCCGCUAUUCCUGAACACUAGGCAUUUGUAGCCCUUGAUCGGUGGGAUCUCCAUUGUUUUUGCUUGCAUAUGUUUUACACAAAAGUAUAGUCCUUAUGAUGUAAUAUAUAUUUGGUGGCAUCCGAUUUUUUUACAUUUAUUUUUUGACUUAUUGUUUUUGAAAGAAGAAAACUCAUAUUUAUGCUUCUGACUUAUUCCGUGACUUAUUGGUCUUCAAUUUUCAUAAACACAUUUAAGUCACAUUGUUAUAGAGCCAUCCCGAAAUAACAUUCCUG